GGGAAGGCGAUGGUCCUGGCACGGAGUCCUGCUUUCCGAGGGAGACACUUUUAACACCCGCGCUAAAGGGAGCCAAAGGGAAACCACACUCGGCUCUGAAAUGAACCAGAGCCUUCGGGCUUCACUCGCUGUGGAUUAAAAAACGGGAACUUUUACGAUGGCUGUGUACGUGAGAAAGUAGCACAAGAAACCGCCGCCGCCGCCGCCUUACACCGUGAAGACCGCUGUUCGAUCCCCGACCCACCUGCGAGAGAGAGAGAGAGAGAGAGAGAGAGAGCAUUAUGGCAGGGAAGCUGGCAGCAGCACAAGGCACAGGAAUACUGCUGGUGACAGCCAACGUCGGAUCUCUGUUCGAGGAUCCUGAAAAUCUACAGAAAACAUGGCUGAGGGAGUUUUACCAGACAGUACAGUCGCACAAGCCGCACUUCUUGGCGUUGCACUGUCAGGAGGUGGGCGGGAAAAACUACGAGGCAUCCAUGUCACACGUGGACAGUUUCGUCAAAGAGCUGUUAUCCAGUGAGGCCAUGAGGGAGUACAGUAGAGCCCGCGUCUACCUCGAUGAGAACUACAAAUCCCAGGAGCAUUUCACGGCUCUCGGAAGUUUCUACUUCAUCCACGAGUCUUUGAAAAACAUCCACCAGUUUGAUUUCAAAGCCAAGAAAUUCAAGAAGGUCGUGGGGAAGGAGACCUACUCAGAGACACUAGAAAGCACGCCCUCUCUGGAGAAGGAGAAGUUUCCACAGGACUACUUUCCCGAGUGCAAGUGGUCCAGAAAGGGAUUCAUCAGAACUCGAUGGGCCCUGGCUGACUGUUCCUUUGAUCUGGUCAACAUCCACCUUUUCCACGAUGCCUCCAACCUGGUGGCCUGGGAGAAAAGCCCCUCCGUCUACUCUGGGACCAGGCAGAAGGCGCUGGGCUACGCUUUAGACAGGAUCACGGACCAGCGGCACGAGAAGCUGCCAUAUUACGUCUUUGGGGACUUUAACUUCCGGCUGGACUCGAAGCAGGUCAUUGAGAGUCUCUGCUCCACUGCCACCUUGCAGACAGUCAGAGCCGCCGACACCAAUGAAGUCGACAAGCUAAUAUUCCGAGAAAGUGACAACGACCGAAAGGUUGUUCUUCAACUUGAAAAGAAGCUUUUUAAUUAUGUCAACCAGGACGUUUUCCGAGAAAACAAUGGGACCUCGCUUUUAGAGUACGACAAAGAGCUGUCGGUGUUCAAGGAUCGGCUGCAUGAACUGGAGAUCUCCUUCCCACCCAGUUAUCCGUACAGUGAAGACAGCAGUCAGGGGAAGCAGUACAUGAACACCAGAUGCCCGGCCUGGUGCGACCGAAUCCUCUUGUCUCCCUCCGCCAGAGACCUGGUCUUAAAGCCUGAAAACGAGGAGAAGUCUAUAGUGUAUGAUAACAUCGGGCCCAACGUCUGCAUGGGGGACCACAAGCCUGUCUUCCUGUCCUUCCGAAUAACAGCGGGGGCAGGUAAACCUAAUGCAAAUAAGCACAAGUGUUGUGUGGUGCAGUGAUGUCGUGGGAAGUGUUGCCAAAGGGGGGAGAAGAUAUUCCGUGAAGCGCCUCUGUGAGAGACAGGACACCAACACACACACAUGCAUGCACACACACAUACACACACACACGCACACACUUUGCACAAGCGUACACUGAAGAACCAAGACAAAGUUUUUCGGCAGUGCUGACCAGUUGCAGUUGUCCUGACACCUCAUCCGUAAGAAAACCUCCGGCCGUUUUCUCUCUCCAUAAAACACUUGUUGAGAUGUGGACGAGCACCCGAGGGCCCCGGCUCCAGACAAGACACACAUCGCUGACCUCACUGUUGCCAUGCAACCCCAUUCCCCAGAAAAGAAGAAGAAAGAAAGAAAGAAAGAAAGAG